AAUGGGUACUAUAGUUUGUUCGAAAAAAAAAAAUACUCCUCCUGUUUCAAUUCUUACAGAACCAAGCAAUUUGAUAACAAUGAGUGAACCUCAAUUAAACAUAAAAGACAAUAAAGAUGAAUACUUUGAUGAUGAAGAAUUGUUAAAAUAUGAACAUUCCAAAUAUAAACUGAGAGAAGUCUAAAACAAGCCAAUAAAGUAUAAGGAUUAAUUUUAUUUCAAGGUGGUAAUCAUUGAAUCAUUAUUUGGGAUAAGGAUCAUUUGGUUCUGUUGAAUUAGGUAAAGAUCUAGAGAGUGGAUAAUUCAUUGCAGUAAAAUAAUUAUCAAUCUCAGGAUAUAAUCCUAAAUAAAUAAAGGCAGUAUAGAUUUAUUUAUAAUAUAUGAGAAAAUAGAUGCUUUCGAAUUGGAAAUAAAAGUAUUAUCUAAAUUAGAACAUCCAAAUAUUGUGAAAUAUUUAGGAAUGGAAUAAAAUCAAACUCAUAUUAAUUUGUUUUUAGAACAUGUUUCAGGAGGAUCAAUAAAAUCUUUGUUGGAAAGGUAUGGACAUUUUCCUGAGAAUCUAGUAUAAUAAUAUACAAAAUAAAUUUUAUGGGGAAUAGAAUAUUUACAUAGUCAUGGAAUAAUACACAGAGAUAUCAAAGGAGCCAAUAUUUUAGUAGAUGCUAAAGGAAUAUGUAAAUUAGCUGAUUUUGGUUCAUGUAAGUCAUUGUCAAAAGAGGAUUGUAAUACAUUCACAGGAACACCCAAUUGGAUGGCACCUGAAGUAAUUAAUGGAAAAGGAUAUGGAAGAUUUGCAGAUAUUUGGUCACUUGGAUGCACUUUGAUAGAAAUGAUGACAGGCAAACCUCCUUGGUAUGAUGAAGCUAAGAAUCCAUUUUAAAUUAUGAUGGAAAUUAUGAAAGGUUAACCACCUCAAAUACCAUAAGAUUUAAGUGAAACAGCCAAAGAUUUCUUGUCUCAUUGUUUAUAGUAAUUAUUUAUUAUGAAAAGAUAUGAUCCUAAGAAAAGAUGGAAUAUUACAAAGUUAUUACACCAUCCUUUUGUACCUAAAGGAGGAAAUAAAUCCAUUUCAAUUGAUUUAAGUAAUAUGUUUCGACCUUUUUACAGGUAGGCAACAUGA